GUCAGUAACGUGACAAAUAUAAUCCGCUUAUUACAGCCUUGUGUAAGGGCCUUUUGGUAAAAACCUCACCCGCAUUUCUACGUAAAAUGGCAACAGCAGCCAAUACCGUGACAGCUGCCGGAGCACCGAAAGAUGGUGCGCCUCCAGCCCCAGCGAAGACGUUGUCCGGAAUUGUGAAACAAGUGCUCUCUGGCGACACAUUGGUAAUUCGCGCCACCAAGGGUGCCCCACCUCCGGAGAAACAAAUUACCUUCUCACAUGUCCUAGCACCGAAACUAGCUCGUCGGCCCGGUGCUGGCGGUGACGAGACUAAAGACGAACCUUGGGCCUGGGAGUCAAGGGAAUUCCUGCGUAAGAAGUUGAUCGGCGUUGAAGUGACGUUCACUUUCGACAAGCCCGCCAAUUCCAACCGGGAGUACGGUUUCGUGUGGAUUGGAAAGGAUAAGGAAACUGGCGAAAAUGUGGUUGAGUCGAUUGUGCGCGAGGGUUUGGUGUCCGUCCGCCGCGAAGGACGCCCCACGCCUGAGCAACAAACUCUAAUUGAGCUGGAAGACCAAGCUCGUGCCGCUGGUCGCGGUAAGUGGUCGCAUAAUGUGAACGCCGUAGACAAGGUUCGUAACAUCAAGUGGGCUCACGAGAAUCCUGCCCACAUUGUUGAUAUCUAUGGAGGAAAGCCUGUCAAGGCUAUCAUCGAACACGUGAGAGACGGCUCAACUGUGCGCGCGUUUCUGCUGCCCGAUUUCCAUUAUAUAACUCUCAUGAUAUCCGGAAUUCGUUGCCCGGGCGUAAAGCUGGAUGCUGAUGGCAAGCCCGACCUUAGCGUCAAGGUGCCGUUCGCAGAUGAGGCCCGCUACUACGUCGAGACACGCCUCUUGCAACGUGAUGUCGAGAUCCGACUGGAAUCGGUUAACAACUCGAACUUCAUCGGAUCGAUUCUGUAUCCGAAGGGCAACAUUGCAGAGUCGCUGUUGCGCGAAGGCUUAGCCAAGUGCGUGGACUGGUCCAUGGCGGUAAUGAAGACAGGUGCGGAUAAGCUGCGCGCUGCGGAGCGUAUUGCCAAGGAGAAACGCCUUCGCCAGUGGCAAGACUAUCAAGCGAAAACACCCGCUUUUAACUCGAAGGAAAAAGAUUUUGGAGGCACUGUAAUCGAGGUCUUCAAUGGCGAUGCUAUCAAUGUGCGUCUCUUUAAUGGCCACGUUAAAAAGGUGUUCUUCUCGUCAAUAAGGCCGCCACGUGACCAGCGUGCUGUGGUUGGCACGGAUGGUGAGGAAAUUGUGAAGGCUCCACCGCGUGGAAAGAACUACCGGCCGCUUUAUGAGAUUCCGCACAUGUUUGACGCGCGCGAAUUCCUGCGUAAGAAACUGAUCAACAAGAAAGUGACGUGUAAUCUGGAUUACAUCUCGCCGCCUCGCGAAAAUUUCCCUGAGAAGUACUGUUACACAGUCUUGAUCGGUGGUCAGAAUGUGGCUGAAGCCAUGGUGGCAAAGGGCUUGGCUACAUGCGUCCGCUACCGCCAAGAUGACGAUCAGAGAUCUUCCGCCUACGAUCAACUGAUUGCUGCUGAGCAGCAAGCUAUCAAGGGACUGAAGGGCCUGCACGCAAAGAAGGAUAACGCUACUCUGCGUGUGAACGAUCUGACUGUUGACCAUUCCCGAAUCAAGGUGCAGUACUUGCCCUCGUGGCAGCGUGCCCUUCGAUCCGAAGCCAUCGUCGAGUUUGUUGCGAGCGGCUCCCGUCUGCGUAUUUUUGUGCCAAAGGACAGCUGUCUGGUGACAUUCCUGCUAGCAGGAAUAUCUUGUCCGCGCUCUUCUCGCCCCGCCUUGAAUGGCGUACCUGCCCAAGAAGGAGAACCGUUCGGUGACGAGGCUCUUACCUUUACCCGCGAGCGUGUUUUGCAACGCGAAGUUUCCGUGCAUAUUGAUACCACUGACAAGGCAGGCUCUGCAGUCAUUGGCUGGCUGUGGACCGACAGCGGGGCCAACCUCUCAGUUGCUCUUGUGGAAGAAGGUCUUGCCGAAGUGCACUUCAGUGCGGGAAAGUCCGAGUACUAUCGCCUGUUGAAGAGUGCCGAGGACCGUGCCAAGGCGGCCAAGAAGAACAUCUGGGUCAACUAUGUGGAGCAAGUGGAGCCAGAGGAGAAGGUUGUUGUUGAGGAGGAAAAGGAUGAGAAGGUCGUGGUAGAGCGCAAAGUCAACUACGAAAAUGUAAUUGUUACUGAAAUUACCGAGACUCUAACAUUCUUCGCACAGUCGGUGGAGAACGGCCCCAAGCUCGAAACAUUAAUGAGCAAGCUGCAUGCUGACUUCCAAGGCAAUCCCCCCAUCGCCGGAUCGUACACGCCCAAGCGUGGCGAUCUGGUGGCCGCUCAGUUCACCUUCGACAAUCAAUGGUAUCGCGCCAAGGUGGAACGAAUUCAGGGAAGCAACGCUACCGUUUUGUACAUCGAUUACGGCAACAAGGAGACCCUGCCCACCAAUCGUUUGGCUGCCUUGCCGCCAGCCUUCAGCAGCGAGAAGCCAUAUGCUACGGAGUACGCUUUGGCUUUGGUUGCUCUGCCUGCUGACAACGAGGAUAAGGAGGAAGCCCUACGCGCUUUUUCUGAAGACGUUUUGAACCAUAAAGUGCAGCUUAAUGUGGAGUUGAAGGUGGCCGGAGCACCAAACUUGGCCACACUGCACGAUCCGACAACUAAAGUUGACUUUGGAAAACAGCUCGUUGCCGAAGGCCUCGUACUGGCGGAGAAACGUCGUGAGCGAAAGCUCAAGGAUCUUGUGGAUCAGUAUAGGGCCGCGCAAGAAGCCGCUUUAGCCGCCCAUUUGGCCAUCUGGAAGUACGGAGACAUAACACAGGACGAUACUCCCGAGUUCCGCUAGGAGUUGGCUUAAAACGUGGAGUAGGCCUGUGGCGUGGAGCGCGUUGCUAGCCGAAAUGUUUGUCUGCCACAUACCCGCCCUUUAUAUACAUAACAACAAGCAACAACUUAAAGAAUAUGAAAUUACUAAUUCUAUCUAUACACACCAAUAUAUAUGAAACAUAUACUAAAUUGGAAAACAUACAUACAUUUGAGCAAUGGCAUGGAAGAACACAAUACACAUUUUGUAUGCUUUAAGCAGCUGGUAAAUCGAUAUCGAUUUUCGUUUUCAAUUUUUUUUUUUUCAAACAAGAUCCUUUAAAUAAAUAUACGACACAAACUAGAAGCAAUUGAA